UGGGGCAUUUUGUAAAUUUAAUUUUGUUUGCUUUGAAUGACGAAUUUUUAAUAAAAAUUCUAAUUAUAUUAAUAUUUAAGUUUACGAGUGGUUAUUCACACCGUAAAUAAUGUUUUUACGUUAAAAUUAAGGAUUGCUUGAAUACCGUGCUAAGCCGAGAUAAACUUAUUUGCUUCUAUCAAUUUGAGAUUCCUGUAAACUUUUACAAAUAUUGCAUGUAAUGGGAGAGAGAGACUGGAGACCAUUCGUGUAUGGCGGCCUUGCGUCGAUUGUAGCUGAAUUUGGCACUUUUCCGAUAGACACCACAAAGACCCGGCUUCAGAUACAGGGGCAGAAGAUAGACCCUCGCCAUGUGCAGCUGCGGUACACCGGCAUGGUGGACUGCUUUGUGAAGACUUCCCAGCAGGAGGGGGUUAAGGCCCUGUACUGCGGAAUAUGGCCGGCGGUGCUGCGUCAGGCGACGUAUGGGACCAUCAAGUUUGGCACGUACUACUCGCUGAAGCAGUUCGUGGCGGCGCGGCGCGCGGACGGCGGGACCAAGGAGCACCUCCCCACCAACACCUUCUGCGCGGCCUUCGCCGGCGGCCUGUCCAGCGCCAUCGCCAACCCCACUGAUGUGCUCAAAGUCAGGAUGCAGGUGGGUCAGGAAAAGCGCAACCUGGUGAAAUGUUUCGUGGAGAUGUACCGGCUGGAGGGCAGUGCGGGGCUGUGGCGCGGCGUGGGGCCGACAUCGCAGCGCGCGGCGCUCAUCGCAGCGGUGGAGCUGCCCGUGUACGACGCGUGCAAGCGCCGCCUCACGCCCGCACUCGGCGACGCCCCCCUCAACCACCUCGCCUCUUCCGCGCUCGCCAGCCUCGGCAGCGCGCUCGCCAGCACGCCGCUCGACGUCGUCCGGACGAGACUGAUGAACCAGAGGAAAGUGAAAGGCCUGGAGUCGAGCGAGCGGCUGUACGCUGGUACGGUGGACUGCUUCGUGCGGACGGUCCGCAGCGAGGGGUUCCUGGCGCUGUACAAGGGGUUCGUGCCCACCUGGCUGCGCAUGGGGCCGUGGAACAUCAUCUUCUUUCUCACCUACGAGCAGCUCAAGCAGUUCUACUGACGUACCGACCCGAUUGCGCGACGCAAAGGAGGGUAAUAUUUUAAGUUGAGUUCUACGAGGUACUAUCGUAUCGAGAAGUUGAUUCAUAUAUAGAUGGUGGGUAUACGUUAUUUGGUCGCGUUACGUCAAACCCCGCCGACGGAUCACGAAAAACCAAUUGACAUAACGCGCUAAAUGAAGUGGGCCCGCCAUCUGCAUAUGAAUGAAUUUCUUCGACGGUACAUUUUACGGAGGUUUGCCGAAGAAGUUCACCAGAAAAUCGUAGGGGCACACGUAGUUCAAGUUUUGAUUGAGUUUGUUAAAGUUAAAGGCUGUUGAUAUUUAUUUAUGUAAGCUUAAACUGACAUGAGAUUAUAGAAUGUCACGAAGUCGACGCUAUGUUCCUAAGCUGAAUGAGUGUCUAAUGAGGGUUCUGCACAUAGCCAAAUAAAAUAAUACACACGAGGUGACUGAAAGUAAUCUUUUUAUUGAUCGGAUAUCUCCUGUGUUGUGCUCACCUUUUGUAGAAAUUAUGUUGCUAGGAGUAGACAUAUAGAAAUUAACUUUUUUUUAUAGAAUAUUCACUAUCGAUCUGCAGGAGAUAUAGAUCUAUAGAUCUGCAGUAGUUCGCGCGUCUGCACUCGUCUUUAUAGUACCGGAGAUCGAAAUACGUAUUUUUUCUCGAAAACUCUUCAUCUCUCUGUCUUUAUUAAGACAGUAGAGACAGAAGUAUGUUACUGUUAUUUAAUUGCCUGAGAUAAUUCAGACUAUAACGUUAUGUUUAGGCAGUUUUUUGUAUAACUUUGUAUAUGCUUUAGCAUUAUUUAUUGUUUGGGCUACUGUAAUUCUACAAUGUACACUUGUACAGUAUCGGAUUCCUAUUAUAAUAUAGCUAGGUCGCGUAAUCUCGUAUUUUACAUCGCUUUGGUUGUCUUCCUUUAUAUUUUAAUAAUUUAUAUUGUUUUCUAAUUUUGUAACGAUUUCUAGACGAUUGUCUAGUAAGAUGUUUGGAAAUUAUUUUAAAUAUUCUGAGUAAUAAGGUUAAUGCUUACAGAUCUUUGUUCCAUUUUGUUUUAUAUCGUAUUGCUAAGUAGCACCUUAGAUUUUUGACUGAAAAAUACCAAACGGAUUUUCUGUAGUAUGAAAUCCAAUCCAUACAAUUUCCAUUUGCUUUUAAGUUUUAACACAAAUAAAACAUUUUUACUGCAUUAGGCGCGCUUGGGUGCAUAAUUUGAACUUCUGUUUUAAAACGUAAUAUUACUAUUUUGGUUUUAAUAACUAAAUUAAAUGAUUUUCAUUACCUGUUUAUUACAUGCUUCUAUUUAUGUUUCGUUGCAUUUUUAUGCAUUUUGUUGAUCUAUAUAUACUUAUUGUAUUCGAGUACACCGCUAUACUUUAGGUAGUUAAGUGUAAAUACUGUACAGAACUCGGUCGUUUUUAACACGACGGUAGGUUACGUUAGACGAAUUCAAACUAUCGAAUAAAUAUCUUGAUGUUUA